UGUUCGUUUCUGAGCAGCGCUGGAGCCGGAGCCGGUUCCCUGGUCCUGCAGCUGAGGAACAACCCCGUUGUCCACGGCCCACACCUGCGGGGGGAGGCUGGGCCCCGCGGCGGAGCUCGGGGGAUGUGACUGCCUGGCGGCGGCGGCAACGUCUGGGGCCGGGGGAGGGGGUGUCUCGGGCAGAGACCCCCGGGCUCAGGGCAGCUGAGGCGGCCGGGCCUCCUCCCCCCUCCGCCGCCUCCCCGCUUCGGAUCCCCGAGAGUCUUUCGUCCCUUACAGUCCUGCACCGACUUUGGGACCCUGGGGGUGGUCUCUUUCCCCCAGACCUGGGACACCCGGCUUCCUGAAGCGUGGAGCAGCGUCGCCCCCGAGUAAGCCGCCCGUGCCGCGCCCCGGCAGCCUCCCUCUUACCCUCGACCCUUCUCUCGCUCCGACUCCCGGCCCCAGAUUUGGCCUCGGAGCCCCCCGUUCAAAUCCCCUCCCCGCUGUCAGGUGGCCUCCCCUGCCCCCCAGGUUGCUCCCGGCAGCCUCCAAUGCCCUGACUUCUCCCAAUGUCACCUACGGCCCCCCUAGUCUCAGCCCUGCCAAAAACUUUAAUGCAAAGGAAAAGUCUGGACUCGUUUCACAGGCCUUUUAAAAAGCGGACUUAAAAGUUGCUGGCAAUGCAUUCCUGCUCGUCAG